GGCUAUAUAUAUAGAUCGAGCCCAAGCAACAAGCAUGCAACUUCAGUCCAUGCAUGCCACACACACUCUACAUAUACACGAGACAUCCGAUCGAGCACGCACGCACAAAUUAAACUUCUGUGAUGAGCAGCAGAAUAAAGCGUGCCAGAGACGGCGACGACGACGACGACGACGCCAUCAGCCGCGGCAGCGCCAUCGUAGUCGAUGUCCCUCAUCACGGAGAAGACGACGACGACAUCCAUGUCGUCGACGAAGAAGAAGAAGAGGACCAGCGACGACGACGACGGGCAGCAUGCCACGUCCUACUCUCCCUCUCCCUGUCGUGUCGUUCAUCGUCUUCAACUUCCAGUCCCAGCACCAGCUGCAGUAUCCAGGACGAUCAAGCUGCUGCUGCUACCGGUACCGGUACCGGCACCGGCAUAGCGCCGCCGCCACCACUCAAGCUGAUCAAGCGCCGUCGUCGUCGCCGCCGGCGCCGGGGCCUGCAGGUGGACGACGUGUUCGAGUGCCAGACGUGCGGGCGGCGGUUCCCGACGUUCCAGGCGCUGGGCGGCCACCGGACCAGCCACCUCAGGCGGCCGGCGGCGACCAAGAAGCCGCCGCAGUCAUCAAAGGCGGUGCUGGUCCACGCGUGCGCCACGUGUGGGCUGGGCUUCUCCACGGGGCAGGCCCUUGGUGGGCACAUGAGGAGGCACCGUCUGGGCCGGGCUGACAGCGUGGGUUCUGGUGAUGUGGACCUUACGCAGAUCAUCGUGCAUGGAAGGCCCACCUCCGCUUCCUCCUCCCUGCAGCUUCUCAACCUGUUCGUGUAGUGUUCAAGAGAUAUAUAAAAAAAUGUUCGUGUAGUGUGUCAGGUACUAGUGUUAGAUAUGUUCAAAAAAAGAAAGGAUACUAGUGUUAGAUACAACAUGUUUAGAGUUAAAAAAAAAGGUGCAGCAUGUCUAAAUGAUGUGACCAUUGUAUGUAUGGAUGGUCUAAACAGCAUAUAAUA